AUGCUUAAUGCUUCUUUCGACGCUUUCAAUAGCUGUGAAACAAAAGAGAGAGGUGGAAAAGCUGAAGGUCUUGAGGGAGGUCUUGAGGGAGGUCUUAAGGGAGGUUCUAAGGGAGGUUCUGAAGGAGGUCUUGAAGAAGAUUGUAGUAAAGGCGGAGGAGGUGGACCACCAAAUCGUUUGCCACUUGGCCAAUGCAUCGAAAUCAAAGCCACAAUAGCAAAUGAGAAUAGGGAGAUUGCAGACGAUGAAGGACAGCGCGAGGACGGGACUACCUACGAGGGCAACGGAGCCGAUACAGAGAUACUCGAGAUCGAAUUUCUCGCGAGCAAGAAACGCAAACGCUUAACGAGGCCAAGUCCUGCUGAGGUUGAUCUGGAAGCAAUCGGCUUAAGAGGCUAUACAUAG